AUGACACAAGGCACCUUCCCAAAGGCAUUGAAGAGAUCUAUUGUAGUGCCUGCCCCUAAGGUAUCACCCCCAAAGAGUAUUGAAGACGACCUACGACCAAUAUCUUUAACAUCUCAGAUCGCCAAAGUUAUGGAGGAUUGUACUUUGGACAAUUUUUUUCCUGAAGUUGUAAAUAAACUUGACACCAAACAAUUUGCACUCCCAAAGAAAUCAACGACCCACGCUUUGGUCUACCUUUUACAUUCAAUCUUGGUAGCUCUUGAGAGAGGUUCCUGUACUGCCAGAUUGUUCUUUGCAGAUUUCAAGAAAGGUUUUGACCUAGUAGACCACAAUGUUAUUAUUAAAGAAUUAACCCUGCUUGGUACCUAUCCCUCUAUAAUUCGGUGGAUUAAAGCCUUCCUCUGCGAUCGCGAACAAUGUGUCCGGGUGGGAACUUCUAUGUCCUCUUGGAAGAAAACAAAUGGUGGCUUGCCACAAG